UUGUAUCUGUCUAUCUAUCUUCCUCGCCUGUUCUUAUCUCAUCUAUCUAUCUAUCUAUCUCGCUCUGUUCUUAUCUAUCUAUCAUCUGUUCUUAUCUAUCAUCUAUCUAUCUAUCUAUCGCUCUGUUCUUAUCUAUCUAUCUAUCUAUCUAUCUCUCGCUCUGUUCUUAUCUAUCUAUCUAUCUCCUCUUCUUAUCUAUCUAUCUAUCUAUCUAUGUCGCUCUGUUCUUAUCUAUCUAUCUAUCUAUCUAUCUAUCUAUCUAUCUCUGUUCUUAUCUAUCCAUCUCUAUCCAUCUAUCCAUCUAUCUAUCCAUCUCAUCUAUCUCCUGCUGUUCUAUCAUCUUAUCUAUCUAUCUAUCUAUCCAUCUAUCCCCCUCGCUCUGUUCUUAUCUAUCUAUCUAUCUAUCUAUCCAUCCCGCUCUGUUCUUAUCCAUCUAUCCAUCUAUCUAUCUCCCUCUGUCUCCAUCCAUCCAUCUAUCCAUCUAUCCAUCCAUCUAUCCCCGCUCUCUUCUUACCUAUCUAUCUAUCCAUCUAUCCAUCCAUCCAUCCAUCCAUCUAUCUCGCUCUGUUCUCUGUCUAUCUAUCUAUCUCGCUCUGUUCCAUCCAUCUGUCUAUCUAUCUAUCUCGCUCUGUUCUUAUCUAUCCAUCUAUCCCUAUCUAUCUAUCUCGCUCUGUUAUCCAUCUAUCUAUCCAUCUAUCUCGCUGUUUCUUAUCUAUCCAUCCAUCUAUCUAUCUAAUCCAUCCAUCGCCCCGUUCCAUCUAUCCAUCUAUCUAUCUCAUAAUGUCGCAUUAUCUAUCUAUCUAUCCAUCUAUCCAUCCAUCUAUCUAUCCAUCUAUCCAAUCUCUUUCAUUCCAUCCAUCCAUCUAUCUAUCCAUCUAUCCAUCUAUCUAUCCAUCCAAUCUCGCUCUUCUGUUUCUUAUCUAUCCAUCCAUCUGUCCAUCUAUCUCUAUCUAUCUAAUCUCACUCAUUCUAUCUAUCUAUCUAUCCAUCUAUCUAUCUAUCUCGCUCUGUUCUUAUCUAUCUAUCUAUCCAUCUCGCUCCUGUUCCAUCUAUCUAUCCAUCUAUCUAUCUAUCUAUCUAUCUCUGUUCUUAUCUAUCUAUCCAUCCAUCCAUCCCCGCUCUGUUCCAUCUAUCUAUCUAUCUCGCUCUGUUCUUAUCUAUCUAUCUAUCUAUCUAUCUAUCUCUGUUUCCCACUAUCUAUCUAUCCAUCUCAUCUAUCCAUCCAUCCCCUCGCUCUGUUCUUAUCCAUCUAUCCAUCCAUCUAUCUGUCCAUCUAUCUCUAUCUAUCUAUCUCGCUCUGUUCUCCAUCCUGUCUAUCCAUCUAUCUAUCUCGCCUGUUCUUAUCUAUCCAUCUAUCCAUCUCAUCCAUCCAUCUAUCUAUCCAUCUAUCUAUCUCGCUCUGUUCUUAUCUAUCCAUCUAUCUAUCUCGCUCUGUUCUUAUCUAUCCAUCUAUCUAUCUAUCUAUCCAUCUCGCUCCUGUUCUUAUCCAUCUAUCCAUCUAUCUCGCCUGUUCUAUCCAUCUAUCCAUCUAUCCAUCCAUCUAUCCCCUAUCUGUUCUCCAUCCAUCUAUCCAUCCAUCCAUCCAUCCUCCCUGUUCCAUCUAUCCAUCUAUCUAUCCCGCUAUCUAUCUAUCUCUAUUUCCUCUGUUCUUAUCUAUCUAUCAAUCUAUCUCGCUCUGUUCUGUCUGUCUCUCAUCUAUCUAUCUGUCCCGCUCCUGUUCUUAUCUAUCUAUCCAUCCAUCUAUCCAUCUAUCUAUCCCCUAUCUAUCUAUCUCCAUCUGUUCUCCAUCUAUCCAUCUAUCCCGCUCUGUUCUUAUCUAUCUAUCUAUCCAUCCAUCUCUAUCUCGCCUGUUCCUAUCUAUCCAUCUAUCUCCUGCCCUGUUCCAUCCAUCUAUCUAUCUAUCUAUCUGUCAUCUAUCCGCUCUGUUCUUAUCUAUCUAUCUAUCCAUCCAUCUAUCUCUAUCUAUCUAUCUCUCUCGCUCUCUUAUCUAUCUAUCUAUCUAUCUAUCUGUUCUAUCUAUCUAUCUAUCUAUCCAUCUAUCCAUCCGUUCUAUCCAUCUAUCUAUCUAAUCUCGCUCUGUUCUUAUCCUAUCUAUCUAUCUAUCUAUCUGUUCAUCUAUCCAAUCUAUCUAUCUGUUCUUAUCUGUAUCUAUCUAUCUAUCUAUCUAUCUCGCUCUGUUCUUAUCUAUCUAUCUAUCUAUCUAUCUAUCUCGCUCUGUUCUUAUCAUCUAUCUAUCUAUCUAUCUCGCUCUGUUCUUAUCUAUCUAUCUAUCUAUCUAUCUAUCUAUCUAUCUCCCCGCUCUGUUCUUAUCCAUCUAUCUAUCUAUCUAUCCAUCCAUCUCUGCCCUUCCCCAUCCAUCUAUCUAUCCAUCCCUGUUCCAUCUAUCUAUCUAUCUAUCCUCGCCCUGUUAUCCAUCUAUCUAUCUAUCUCGCUCUGUUCUUAUCCAUCUAUCCAUCUAUCUAUCUCGCUCUGUUCCAUCUAUCCAUCCAUCCAUCCAUCUAUCUCAUCCUGUCUCAUCCUAUCCUAUCUAUCUAUCUCCUCUGUUCCAUCUAUCUAUCUAUCUAUCUCGCUAUCUGUUUCUUAUCUAUCUAUCUAUCUAUCUAUCCAUCCCGCUCUGUUCCAUCUAUCUAUCUAUCUAUCUAUCUAUCUAUCUCCGCCUGUUCUUAUCUAUCUAUCCAUCUAUCUCGCUCUGUUCCCCCAUCUAUCUAUCUAUCUAUCUAUCUAUCUAUCUAUCUAUCCUGUCUGUCUGUCUAUCUGUCUCCAUCCAUCUAUCUGUCUAUCUAUCUAUCUAUCUAUCUAUCUAUCUCGCUCCUGUUUCUUAUCUAUCUAUCUAUCUAUCUAUCUAUCUAUCUAUCUCGCUCUGUUCUUAUCUAUCUAUCUAUCUAUCUAUCUGUCUGUCUGUCUAUCUAUCUGUCAUCUAUCUAUCUAUCUAUCUAUCUAUCUAUCUAUCUCUAUUCUUAUCUAUCUAUCUAUCUAUCUGUCUUAUCUGUCUAUCUAAUCUAUCUGUCUCGCUGUUCUUAUCUAUCUAUCUAUCUAUCUGUCAAUCUCGCUAUCUAUCUAUCCUCAUUAUCUAUCUAUCCAUCUAUCUAUCUGCCCCGUUCUUAUCUAUCUAUAUCUAUCCAUCCAUCCCCGCCUCUGUUCCAUCUAUCCAUCCAUCCAUCCAUCCAUCCAAUCCGCCCUGUUCUUAUCUAUCCAUCUAUCCAAUCUCGCCCUGUUCUUAUCUAUCCAUCCAUCCAUCCCGCCUGUUCCAUCUCAUCCAUCCAUCCAUCCCAUCUGUUCCAUCAUCCAUCCAUCCAUCCAUCUAUCCAUCCAUCCAUCCAUCCAUCCCGCCCGUCCCCAUCCAUCUAUCUAUCUAUCCUGCCCUGUUCUUAUCUAUCCAUCCAUCCAUCCAAUCUCGCUCUGUUCCAUCUCAUCCAUCCAUCCAUCUAA